AUGGCGACAACUCCCCAAGCCGCCUCCAAAUCGCCAACAAUCCGGCGCAUUCUCCGCGAAGCUGCUGAGAUAUCCAACUCCCCAUCAGCAGACUACACAGCCGAGCCGCUCGAGUCCGAUCUCUUCGAGUGGCACUUCACCCUCCGCGGCGUCCCCAACUCGCCGUACAGCGAAGGUGUCUACCACGGCCGCAUCGUUCUACCCCCCACAUACCCGUUGCGCCCUCCCAGCUUCAGGUUCAUGACCCCAAAUGGCCGCUUCGAAGCCAACCGGGAGAUAUGCCUGAGCAUCAGCGGCCACCAUGAGGAGACCUGGCAGCCUGCCUGGGGCAUCCGCACAGCAAUUGUUGCACUCCGAAGCUUCAUGAUCACCGAUGCAAAGGGCCAGCUGGGGGGGUACGACACCACCGAGGCCGUACGCCGCCGCCUCGCCGGCGAAUCCCACGCCUUCAGAUGCGCCACCUGCGGCCGCACCAACGCCGAGAUCAUCAAGGAGUGCGAGGAGCGCGCCAAGGAAGCCUGCACCUCCCCCAGCGACGAGGUCCAGGUCCCCGAGGAGCUCAACCUGGGCUUCCGCGACGAGCUGGAGGCCCGCAAGGCCCAGGCCGAGCAGCAGAAGAGGGAGAAGCAGGAGGAGGCGGCCGAGGUCGCGCAGCUGGCCGAGGGCUUCGUCCAGACGGGGCCGGUCCCGACGCCCACGUCGCCGCUGAGUCCUGUUGCUGUUGGUGGCGGUGGUGCAGGACAGCGUCAAGCUGCGCAGCUCGGUCGGACAGCCACCGCGCCACAGACGGGAGCGAUAUCUACCAACAGCCCUAGGCGGCCGUCGGAUGAGGGUGUUCCCGUGUGGCUGGAUCGUCUAAUCGUCGCACUCGUCGUUAUGCUUUCCGCAUUGGUCUUGAAGGUUUUGUUUGGGGUCUGA